CUUGUGUGGAGGUCAAAAAUAAGAUAAAUAUAAAAUAAUAAUAAUAAGAAUAACAGUAAUAAUAGUAAAAAGAAGAAGAGAUUGAGAUUGAGAUUUGAGAUUUGAGAUUGAGCAAAAGCCAAAAAGAAACAAGAGAGAAUUCCUAUUCCUUAUUCCAUGCACAAUUAGUUGUUGUUUUGAUAUAUCUGUUCUUCUGCUCUCUUGUUAUUCAAUUUUGUUCUGAUUGGAUUUUUGCAAUUAUCUAAGAGAGAGAGAGAGAGAGAGAGAGAGAGAGAGAGGAAAAGGGUGGCUCAGAAAGACAGACAGACAGACAGACACAAGGAAAGGAAAGGAAAAGAAAAGCUUUUAUCUUUGCUCGCGGCGGCCUCAAAGCCAGCAAGGAAGGAAUGAGCAGCCCAGCAGUACCUUUGAGGCUUCUCUUGCCUCUAACCCCCACCAUUACUCCCCAAUAUCAUCCAUUACACUUACCCUCCUCCUCCAAGUUCCUCAAAUCCUCCUCCUCUCUCUCAUCUCACCAAACAUGUGCCUGGAACACAACCUCGUCUCACUCCAAACGCCGCAAGUGGCUUUGCGGACAAAUGAGAAGAGAUCAAGAUAUAGAUAAUCGAUCAACUGAAGACAAGAGUGGCAUGAACAUGUUUGGUUCCGAUGAAGAAAUAGGCACCCAAAUCCCAACUCAAGCUCAAUCUGUUGUUGAAGGAUCCGGAGCAGUUAUGGUUUCAGAGUUUAGACCUGCAGCUGAUGUGGAUUAUCUACAGGAGUUAUUAGCCAUUCAGCAACAAGGGCCCAGAUCAAUUGGCUUUUUUGGGACCCGGAAUAUGGGAUUCAUGCAUCAAGAACUUAUUGAGAUACUUAGCUAUGCGAUGGUUAUCACUAAAAACCACAUUUAUACAUCAGGGGCAUCUGGUACUAAUGCAGCUGUUAUCAGGGGUGCUUUAAGAGCAGAGAAACCAGAACUGCUUACUGUAAUCUUGCCUCAAAGCUUGAAAAAGCAACCUCCAGAGAGCCAGGAAUUAUUGUCAAAAGUCAAGAAUGUGAUAGAGAAGCCUCACAAUGAUCAUCUACCGCUGCUAGAAGCCAGCAGGUUGUGCAAUAUGGACAUCAUUUCACAUGUACAGCAAGUAAUAUGCUUUGCGUUCCAUGACAGUAAAUUGUUAAUGGAAACAUGUCAAGAGGCAAAAAAUCUCCGCAAAAUUGUGACGCUGUUCUACCUGGAUUAAAACUAUUGUUUCCUCUGUCCAUACAUUUUUAGGGAGGGAGAGACGGAGUGGGAGAGGGAGCUUAUUUUUUGUUUGUAAAGAAUUAGAUGGAGUAUAUGGAUCAGAUCGCAUGAUUUUGUAGUGAUAGUGAGGGAGGUGGCCAAUUUGCUUCUCUUUUCGUAAUUGGAAAGAGCAUAUAUUUGUUGGUAUAUCUUUUUAAGUAAAUCUUGGAGGUGAAUACUACACGUUAUAUAAUGCCCGGUAUCGUGCGACUGCGGCACAUUGAAUUCAAUGACAGCCCUAGAGAUUUGUCUCAA